GGGGUGGGGGGUAUGUUGACACGGGGCGUGGUGUGACUCUGGACAGGCAGAUGACUCCGUGGAUUCACUCAUGCGUGGUCACACAGUGUGACAGCCCAGACAUGGGUGGAAAAGGGUCCCAGCUCCGUUUAACCGAGCAACAUCUGCGUCUCCAGGCCGAUGCUCCAUAAACUGACAACAAACAGAGGGCAACUUUUUUUUCUUCUUCUUCUUCGUCUCCUUAUUAUUAUUAUUAUUUACUGUGACGAGAAUACGAGAAACUACUUAUAGCCCCAGGACCGACCAGGGAGCUGGAAAAGUCAGUUCGUGAGUGUUUUUUCUUCUUUUUGCGGCAACAUUUAAAACAAACAAUCAAACAAAGAGCUGAUGAAAUCAUUAGAGAAGUAAGUCUUCGGGGAGCCUCUCGGCAGGAGGUCUCGACGCUUUUCCGACCAUGCCACCGCUGACGGGCUGAUGGAUUUCAUCUUCCUGUGUGACUCUGACAUCUUCAAAGGUAUGACGGACAAACGCUGAAACGACCCGAAACUUUUCCUCCCUCUGGCCGUCAGGAGGGAGUUAAUGAAGAAAUCAGAAGGUAAUUAAGAGCAGCUCCGGGGUUUUACCGAACAACAGAGGGACAAAAGGCCUGACAAAGCUUGUGGCGCUUAAAGGGAGUUUGGGCACUCUGGCACACUCUGCAUUGUGAGUCUGGCACGUAUGGCUUUGUAUUUGAACCUGACUCUGCUCGGGCUGGCGGGCCUAAAUGCCGCAAACCUUUGCUGAAUUUGAAGUUUUGCCACUGAAAAGUUACCGCAAAGUGGAAAGGAAAACUUUCUGACUCAGUGAGGGUAACCUCUGUGGGAUUCCUUCAUGUCUUGCAAAGUUUACAGCAGGUGUCAAACGGGUUGUGAACCUUAGUCGAUGGAUUUGUCACCUUUAAUUCAAGGGGUUUUCACCUGUACUUUCUCCGUAGGAUAGAAACGUGGAAGCAUGGGCGACUGGAGCUUUCUGGGGCGGCUGCUGGAGAAUGCUCAGGAGCACUCAACAGUCAUCGGCAAAGUCUGGCUGACCGUCCUCUUCAUCUUCAGGAUCCUGGUGCUCGGCGCCGCGGCUGAAGAGGUCUGGGGCGACGAGCAGUCCGACUUCACCUGCAACACCCAGCAGCCCGGUUGCGAGAACGUCUGCUACGACGAGGCCUUCCCCAUCUCGCACAUCCGCUUCUGGGUGCUGCAGAUCAUCUUCGUGUCCACGCCGACCCUCAUCUACCUGGGCCACGUGCUGCACAUCGUCCGCAUGGAGGAGAAGCGGAAGGAGAAGGAGGAGGAGAUGCGCAAAGCGAACAGGUUCCAAGAGGAGAAGGAACUCCUUUACAGAAACGGCGGCGACUCCGGAGGCGGCGGGAAGAAGGAGAAGCCGCCCAUCAGAGACGAGCACGGCAAAAUCCGCAUCAGAGGUGCGCUCCUGCGCACCUACGUGUUCAAUAUUAUUUUCAAGACCCUGUUUGAAGUGGGUUUCAUUUUGGGCCAGUAUUUCCUGUAUGGCUUCCAGCUGAGGCCCCUGUACAAAUGCGCACGUUGGCCGUGCCCCAACACCGUUGACUGCUUCAUAUCAAGGCCCACUGAAAAGACCAUUUUUAUUAUAUUUAUGCUUGUGGUGGCUUGCGUGUCUCUUUUGCUGAAUUUGUUAGAGAUCUAUCACCUCGGAUGGAAGAAACUCAAGCAGGGCAUGACGAAUGAGUUCGUCCCUGACAGCAAGUCGCUGCAGCACACCAAUGCUGAAGCGUCUCAGUGUUUGGCCUUGGUCUCCAGAACUGUCCCAUCCAGCCUCAGCUACCCUCCCAACUACAUAGACGUGACGGCAGGCAGCGGGGCGUUCCUGCCACCUGUAAAGCCGGUGGCAAUGGCUUCAGCAGCGGAGUUCAAGAUGGGUGACCUCCAGCAGGAAGAGUCCCUUCGCCAGUCUUCUUCCCCUUCUCAGUACUACAUCAGCAACAACCACAGGCUGGCCACGCAGCAGAACUGGGCCAACCUGGCCACCGAGCAGCAGACUCGGGAGAUGGGUUCCCCCUCGCCAUCCCCGUCUUCUUCUGCCAACAAUGAGAACGAACAGCAGCAGACGCCGGCUGGUGCUGCGCUGCUUCUUCCCAGCAACAACACCAACAGCAAUGCCAACACCACCAACAACGCCGCCUCAGGCAGCACCGGCGGCAGCAGCCCAGCCACCGGAGGAGGCGACAACACGCAGGAGGAGGUCCACCGCACCAUCACGACGGUGGAGAUGCACGAGCCUCCGCUCAUGGCCAGCACAGACCCUCGGCGGCUCAGCCGGGCGAGCAAGAGCAGCAACGUCAGGGCCAGGCCAAGCGACCUGGCUGUCUAGAAGCGCUUUGGCCCUUUAGGGUCCCCCAACCCCUCCAACAGCACCUCCGGCUUCCCUCUACCACGCCCUCAAACAUUGUGAUUGUUAAACACUCAAGGAAAGCAAUACAUACUUGCUUUAGGUAGGAACAAGAUCUAAAAAAAAUACAAAAAGACAAAGUAACGAGAGGCAGGAAAGCAAAUCAUCAUAAAAUGUAGCUGCUAGUAUGGAAUCACUUCCCCAGACAGAAGGGUCCAACUUCACCCGUCGCUCCCUAGCCCCACCAAUCUAAGUCCUUUUCUGGCUUUCAAAUAUUUGAUCCCAUGGAUCAAAUAUGGCCUAACGCAAACUUAUCAGUUGUCAACCUUUAACACAAACUAAAUUUACGAGUCAUUAGCUAUAACAGACAGGUUUUCAUUUGUAAGUGCGGCAGCUGCCACCAGGUGAGAACCGGGAAGGGGUUUGGACUCUGGAGACUCAGUUGAGGGUCCUGGGUCAAAUACUAUCUCCUCCAGCUGUAGCCUUUUAGUGCAGUCGGUGAAUUGUAGAGCUGCUUAUGUAAGGUUUGUUAGGACAGUGCACAAAAAGUAUGAUCACACCUUUUAACAAAAAGCAGAAGGUAAAAUUCUAUGUUGUUAAAGGCAAAUUUUAGCAACCUGGUUUGGUGGAAGACUUAGUGGUGUUUCACUCUUAUUUGUUGACGCAAACUGACAUAUUUUCCUAAUGUCUGUGUCAAGAUAAUGAGAUUCUUAUGUUAAAUACUGCUUUGUCCACGUCAUCUAAAGCUGGUUAUUAGCUUGGCUAUUUGUUCAGGUAGCAAGCCUAUCCGGUCAGCCGCUUUAGACAUGUCACUUGUUGUCGUUUUAGAACAGAACUGCCUUCUUAAGAGGGAUUGCUGGUGCUGUUUCAGUUUCAGAGUGGGAAACAUGUAGUGGCUUUGUCUUGGCCAGCUGCCCAGCAGUGCACAGCAACAAGUGGGAGAGAAAGCACUUUGGCACUUUCUCUGAGAUUUUAUUAAGAUGAUUCGAAUAGUAGGAGUGGUAUAACAGAAAAUGUUAGUGUUUAUAAAACUUAAAAACCCUGGUGUUCCUUGAUACGGCCUAAUAGUGAAUGAAAAUUUGCAUUUCAGCUGCAGGAAGCAAAAUGUCAUUGCUCUAUGUUAUGGCAUAACAAAGAGCAAUUCAUGUUAGCUUACUUAUUGUUCAGUAUGAGGAUUUACUAAAGACUCUGAAAUCAAUAUUCACAUUAAAAGGUUGUAGAUGUUGUUGUUUUUUUUAACAAGAUGUGACAACAUAAUUGUUUUCAAGACAGAUCAUUGCGGAAAGUGUAGUCCUACAAAUCACCGAUGCACUAACUUAGUUUGACCCUAAGUCCACUAUGUAUCUCUUUUGCCAAUGUUUUAAAAUCAGGAUCAAUCAGGAUGAAGGAAAAA